UACUCUGCUUCUUCUUCUUCUUAUUUACUCUUCUUGUUUGAAAAACGAGAACCAAACACAGCACAAAUCUAAAUCCUUUCAUCUUUUUAUUUUGUAAUAAAGCAUGUUCUCUUCUCGAAAAAGAGAGAAUCAUCAAUCAUAAGAUCCGACAUUGAAGUAAAGCAAGCCUCCGGCGGCGAAGGAGGAUACUAUGAUCGGAACAGAAUGGGAUUUGGAACCAGUGAAAGCGACGAGUAGCUAACAAGGUUUCCACGACAUUAAUCAGCAGACUUCACAAAUAGAAUCAUUCACCUCAGUCCACGAUGAAGAUAAAUAAUGCCACAGUGUUUCAAUGUUUCGUCGAUGAACAACAAGUGGUGGAUCUCGCGAGGCAACUGCAAGACGGUGGGCUUACGUGCGUCCGGCUUUGGUCGUGGGCUUUCCUGUGUGGGCCUCUUCACUACUCUUAAGUCCAACCCAGAAGUAGUGGCGGCUGCGGCGAACAAGUUGGAACCACCACUGAAAAAGAGGAAAACGGAUCAACCUCCUCCAUCGUUUUUGUCGCUCCCUGAUGUACUCAUCCUAAACUGCUUAUCCCGUGUAUCUAAAUCGUACUACCCUAAACUCUCAUUAGUCUCCAAGACCUUUCGUUCUCUCAUCCUAUCCCUUGAUCUCAACCACGCUCGAUUCCAUCACAAAACACAAGAAUCCUUCUUCCAUGUCUGCUUGGAGUUACCAGGUCGUCUUAUUCCCUCUUGGUACACACUUUGGAUUAAACCUGAAGACAAGAAGAAGACUACAUUGGUACAAGUACCCUCUUCCUAUGCUGUUAAUGAAGCAUUGUUUAUAGUUCAUGUUGGUUUAGAUGUCUAUGCAUUCAGACAAAGCCAUCCUCCAUCUCGCACCGUGUUGGUUCGUAACAAGGAUUGCUGCUUAUGGCGUCUUGCCCCCAAUAUGAUCGUAGCUCGAGCGAAUCCCAUUGCGUGCGUCUUAAAUGAGAAAAUAUACGUAAUGGGAGGUCUAACGGCAGAUGAAUCUGGGAGUUGGGGUGAGGUUUUCAAUACAAAGACUCAGACUUGGGAACCUUUACCUGAUCCUCCCCAAGAGCUCCGCUUUUCUUCGGUGAUUAGGAAAAUAUCGCUUAUCAAAGAGAUUUUUUUCAUUCGUAGCAAUGAUAUCAAGGACUCGGUUUACAAUCCCAAACUAGGUAAAUGGGUUGCUGCAGCGAAAACAACAAUUGUGGGUGACAGUAGGUGUAGUGUGAACAAUGUUUUGUACUCUUUUCGUCCAAAGAGUUGCUUAUGGUACGACACUGAAUGUAAUAAUUGGAUACCGGUCAAGGGUCUGUCUUCGCUGCAUCGGAGUGCUCGUACUGGUUUGAUUGAAACAUUUAACUACAACGGUAAACUUUUAAUCUUAUGGGACAAGCCUACCAAGCCUCGCCAUCGUAUUUGCGAAGACAGGAAUAUUUUCUGCGCCCUGAUUGCCUUUGAAAAGCGCAAGAAUGGUCACGUCUGGGGAAAGGUUGAGAGGUCUAGUGUUGUGCUUACCGUUCCUAGUUCAUACCGUUUCUUGCGUUAUACAGUGAUACGGAAUUGAUGUCAUAUCAUUUGUCUGUCGAGAAUAAGACUUCUUAGGUUUAACUAUUGAAACACUCCGUUGUUUCAAAACAAGUUAAGUACAUUCUAGCUGAUAUUGUCACCAAAGUUAUG